AUGCUCUUUGGUAAAAGGCUGCUGCUUGAAAGUCCAUCACCGUUGUCCCUCUUAGAAUCUUGUAAAUCAAUCAAGCAAGCACUCCAAAUUCAUGCACAGAUUGUUCUCAAUGGCCUCCAAUGGGACCUUUUCUCUGUCAGCAGGCUCAUCUCCUUCUUCUCCCUCUCAGAUUCAAAAGAUGGUCUUGAUCAUGCUCGUCUUCUUUUCAUGCCAAUUGAUCGCCCUAAUUUAUUCAUUUGGAAUACCAUGAUCAGAGGCUAUGCUCGCAGUGAUUCCCCUCAAGAAGCAUUUGCCCUUUUUGUGUCCAUGACCACCAAAGGAAUAGAAUCACCCAAUAACUACACCUUCCCAUUUUUGCUUAAUUCCUGUGCAAGGCUGCCCAGUGCUGAGCAGGGGCGAGAGAUUCACUGUUGCAUUAUUAAAAAUGGCUUUGAAUCAGAUGCAUACACCAGGAAUUCUCUCAUUCAUUUUUACUCUGUUUGGGGAUAUAUGGAAGAUGCCUGGAAUAUAUUUGAUGCAAGUUCUCUUAGGGAUCUUGUUUCAUAUAACACCAUGAUAAAGGGCUAUGUACAAGUUGGUCAACCUGAAUUUGCUCUAUGCCUCUUCAAAGAGAUGCAGCAUUUGAACAUUAAGCCUGAUGAAUUUACUUUUGUGGCAUUGUUUUCUACUUGUUCAAUGUUGAAUGAUUCUAAAAUUGGGAAAGAGGUUCAUGCCUUGGUUUAUAAGACUUUGAGUCCCAUUGAUUCUAAUGUUUUGAUGAAGAAUGCUAUCAUUGAUAUGUAUGCUAAAUGUGGGUCAAUGAAUAUGGCAGAGAAGGUAUUUGGCACAAUGAGGGGUAGCAGAAGUCCAGCAGCUUGGAGUUCUAUGAUAUCGGGUUAUGCUCGAACCGGCGAAAUUGAUAUUUCUCGAGAGUUGUUUGAUCAGAUGCAAGAACAUGAUGUUGUUUCUUGGACAGCAAUGAUCAAUAGUUACUCUCAGGCAGGGCGGUCAAGUGAAGCAUUGGAACUUUUUGUAGAGAUGGAAAGUCAAGGAAUAAAACCAGAUGAAGUCACAGUGGUUGCAGUAGUUUCAGCCUGUGCGCAGCUUGGUGCUCUUGGGUUUGGUAAACAGAUGCAUCACCGGUAUGUAGAAAAUGGAUUAUUUGGUCAAAAUUCCAUUCUUACAUCAUCUAUCAUAGAUAUGUAUGCAAAAUGUGGAAGCAUAGAUACAGCUCUUAAUAUAUUCCAUCAAACCCCAAAAAAUUUGAGGACCAUUGUCCUCUUUAAUUCCAUAAUCUCUGGUCUUGCUCAACAUGGACUCGGUGAGAGUGCUGUAACAGUUUUUAAAGAAAUGGAAUACAUGGGAUUGAAGCCCAAUGAAAUUACAUUCACAGGGCUCUUGUGUGCUUGCAGCCAUGGUGGUCUAGUUGAAGAAGGUAAGAAGUGGUUUGAGUACAUGUUCAAUGAUUAUGGAAUCAAACCAAAGGUGGAACAUUAUGGUUGCAUGGUUGAUAUUCUUGGACGAGGUGGGCAUCUGGAGGAAGCAUAUGACCUAAUUCAGAAAAUGCCCUUCAAACCAAACUCCGUGAUUUGGAGAGCUCUGUUGGGUGCCUGCAGAAUCCAUGGAAAUGUUGAAGUGGCCAAGAUUGCAGGCCAAAAACUACUGGAAACUGAACCUGAUCACGGGGCUCAGUAUGUUCUGUUGUCUAAUAUGUUUGCUGAUGCAAACCAAUGGGAAGAAGCUGUGAGAAUGAGGAAAGUGAUGGAAGACAGAAGCAUCGAAAAGCCAGCUGGAUGGAGUUACAUAGAGAUAAAUGGAACUCUUCACAGAUUUUUCGCAAGUCACAAGUCACACCCACAAGCGAAUGAGAUCGAGCUGAUGGUCAAGGACAUGGCUGUGCGACUGAAAUCUGCUGGGUAUGUUCCUAGCACAGCACAAGUGGUUUUCGACAUCGAUGAGGAAGAGAAGCAAACUGUUGUUUCCCAUCACAGUGAGAGAUUGGCUUUGGCAUUUGGGCUUAUAAAUUGCAGUUCCAACGAUACCAUUAGAAUAGUGAAGAAUCUUCGUAUCUGUGCAGACUGCCACUUGGUAUUCAAACUCCUGUCUAAGAUAUACAGUAGGGAGAUUAUAGUGAGGGAUGCAAUUAGGUUCCACCAUUUUUCAAAUGGGUUUUGCUCUUGUAAGGAUUUUUGGUGAUGGAAUUUGAAGUCUUAUCAUGUAUGGAAUUUUUCAAA